UAUAGCGACUAAACGUUUAUGAAAAACCAACCAAAGGAAGAAACCAAUUUUAUGUGGCCAGCGUCUUGACCAGAUUCUUAAAUUUAGAGAAGCAUGAUCAUUUUCUUUCUCCAAAGCAGCAUAACAGGAUUUAACGGUAAAUUUUCCCGUCUUAUUAAGAUCUCAUUUAACCAUGUCAGCGGUGUCCGAACCCAGACACGAGGAAAUGCUAGCUUCGGUGUUCGUUGCAUGGCUGAGGAAAAACAACCACAACAACCAAUGACAACCAGUAGUUCCACUCCACCACCACCAGCAGCAUCACAGACUCCAAUUGCAACUCCUACUUUUCCACCACGGCGUGCUGCACCAAAGAAGAUGAGCACAAAGUUUGGCGAUUUAUUAGCAUUCAGUGGUCCAGCACCGGAGAGAAUUAACGGUAGACUUGCCAUGAUUGGGUUUGUUGCUGCUAUGGGAGUAGAGCUUGCAAGAGGUACCGACGUCGCAGCACAAUUGGCAGAUGGGGGACUUCCAUGGUUUGUGAUAACUAGUGUUGUGCUAUCAGUGGCCUCUCUUAUACCAUUGUCUCAAGGUGUCAGUGUUGAAUCAAAGUCGGACGGUUUGAUGUCUUCAAGUGCUGAAAUGUGGAACGGCAGAGUUACAAUGUUGGGUUUGGUCGCAUUAGUGCUUACUGAGGUUGCAAAAGGUGGAGCUCUAAUUUAAUUUUUAAUUUACUCAUUCCUGUAUUCCUACUUGGUGUUUUACAAAUUUAAUCUAACUAGGCCAUGUAAAUGUUUUUGAUCAAUACAUAUAUGAAAGGGAGAAAAAUUUUAAAAGAAAAA